UCAGCAAUAUUUGAAAAAUAUUUUACGCCAAUAACAUGCACGUGCUAAAUUUGAAAGUUCGCGCGGUUCCUGCCUCGCGCACGCGCAUGAAGUCGGGUGGCAAGCGAGCGUUCACGCCGCUCAAAUCAGAGAUAACAAACAUGGCCGUCGCGAUUUUAAGAAAACGAAUGUGAUGGCAUGGAAUUCGGCCUCUGCAGGGUAGUUUUCGGGGUUUUCAACCGUCGGCGUUGCGUGUGACACUUCGGCAAUUAUCGGCUUACUCGCAGAGACGAUAAAAACUAGUGCCAGCUGCUCGAUUGUUCGUCAUGUUAAGACCGAUAAUUCUGCGUGAAAGGAUGAUGAACUAAAGAAAUAAAUACAGAAUCGCUGCUGCUGUCUUUUGGUGUCUUUUAAGAAGAAAGCGCGCAGAAAUAAUAAUGAGUCGGCCUAACGAAGAUAACUUGAGUGGACCACCUACCUGUGUAAAGCCCCUGGCUAUUGUGAAAUUUAUUGACCAUCAGAAAAUCAGGCCAAAGCCGUAUUUUCCACCCAUGGUCGUGGUUUCUCAAUUGUGGCUGAAUAAAGCUCGGACUGUUUGCUCCAUGCCACCUGACCUCGAUCAUGUACCAUCUUUCAUGGAUUUGGCACUGCAUUGUAAUGAGGUGAAAAGUGAUGAGAUGAUACGUUACGCUGUUGAAUAUAUUGCAUCAGCUUCCACCAUAGCGAGUGGGGAGGAAAAAAUUCGUUUGCUGAAAAGACUUCAAAAACCUAUCCGUAACUCCUCAGAAUCAGAAAGAGAGGGAAGAUUUAAGAUGAAGAAUAAAUUACUGGAAGACUAUGUCGUGGAUGAUGGCAGGAAGAGUGGGAAGAAACGAAAAAUUGUUAUCACUGAUUCGGAAGCCGAAAAUAGUGAUGAACCUUUGGUAGAGACAAAGAGGAAACUAGACAAAAAUUCAAAGGUCGUCAAUGACAAUUUUGACGCGUCCCCUGACGAAGAAGAGGAUGAAUCGUCUUCCAAGAACCAACUGGGCGACAUAAACAAUUCGAUUGCACCUGACCUUGAAAAUCAACUAUCAAAGAAUGAUGAAAACACUGUGCCUCGAGUGUUGCAACAGAAAGCCAGUGGAAGCAGCAUGUCAACAGAAAAUCUGUUGCACAUUGAUGGCUGUAAACAUUGUCCUCAUCUAUGGUGCUAGUGUAGAUGUCAAGUUUGAUAUUGUCAAGACUCGAUUGGAUAGUAUUCUUGGCCGAGUGUCGGUCAUUAGUGGCGAACGCCUGGGAAGAACAGAGAAUCGCCUCCCAUUUCCGUUGCCUAUACCUGACAUUGUUUCUCUGAAGAGCAUGAACUCGUUUUUACUCUCAGAUAGCAACAAUGAAAAAUUUGACUUAUUGGCGUCAAUUGUAAUGGGAGCAUCUGAAGGCCGAACCAUCGAGGAUGUUACCAGAACUGGAAUGGAGAAAAUUCUGGGCGAUAAUGCCAUGAAAAACCUUGUUAACAAAAACCCACACAAAAUUAGAGGUGUAUCCUCAAACAAAAAAUCACUUCAGAAAGAUUUUCCCAAAGUUCAUCAACUCCUCACAAGUGCCUUCCGAGCAAAAUGCGAAGCGAAGAAAAUACAAAUCUCUGAGAAAGAAAUUAACACAGCAAUGUCUGCCGUUCUUGCCCAGCGUCCUUUUAAGGACAGAAAAAGGAAUGCUCGUCCAAAUGAUAAUCUUCCAAAGAGCCCGUCCGCAGAGCAGCUUUCGCAAAGGAGCGAAAAUUCAUGUCAGUCAGAUGAAGAACAGAUCAAAAGCCCAACUUCAGAGAAACCGUCUGUCUUGUCAUCCACCCACCUCAAAAGUCUUCGCACCCCUUAUCAGCAAGGAACUCCAUCGAGCAGCCGCUUAGCAUUUAAAGCCGGGAAUGCUGGCAAGUCGGACAAAGAUCUACAUCUCUACACACAGAGAAGCUCGUCAUCAGGGAAUAAAAGGAAGAAGUCUGAGAGCAGCGAUUUAAGUGAAUUCAGUGACCUUGAAGCUUUUGAGAAGUACCGCCGUGCGCUGAAAAAAAAGAAAGGAAAGACCGGAGCAGUCAGCAGUGAUUCUGAGUAAAUGAAUCUUCAUAUAAGUUUACACAAAAGGAGACAAAAUGCCAAAAUAUUCGUCAAAAGAGCGAAGUGCAAUUUAUCGGGCAAGAAAAAAAGCAAUUGACAGUGUGCUUGAGAGAAGAAACAAUUUUAGUGUUAUGGAGCAAGUGAAAAAUCCAAACAACGUUCUUCUGCCGCAUCCAAAUUCUCCGUCCCUAAGCAGCACUACUAUAAGCUUUCAACAGAUUCAACACAACUUCAACAAUCAUGACGUUUUGGAUUAUCACAUAGAAAACUUUGAGGAUGGAAACACUUCAAUGGGAGCCACUACAAAAGGACAUGUAGUCACAUCCAUACCAAUUCAAUCUACGGAGGAGGAUCUACUAGAACGGUUAAAUCUCUGGUACUUAACAAACAAUAAGCAUUGCCUUUCUUCUUAUGAUGAGCUCUUAAAAGUAUUGAAAAACAGUCACCCAGAAUUGCCGGUCUGUGCAAAAACUGCUUUGAAGUCUUUGAAAUGUUCAACACUCACAGGAAUGAAAAAUUUUCGAGGCAAAAUGGGGGGCUUCUACUUCUACACUGGAUUUGUGAACAAGUUGACUGCGUUAUGCUUGCACAACAAGGAUUUGAGGAAAGAAAUUGCAUCACAAAAAUUCAUCAAGAUCAUAAUUGGUAUUGAUGGAGUACCACUUUUCGAGCACUCCAAAGAAAAAGUUGGCGCGUGGGUGAUUUGUGCGAAAAUACUUUCAAAAAAUUUUUACAUACCUCCCAUUACAAUUGGUGCAUUUGUUGGCACAAGCAAACCGGAGCGAAGCUUCCUUCAAGACGUAGUUGAAGAAUUCUCUGUUAUUUGCCAACAAAACUUCUGCUUUGAGAUGGUACAUGACGAUGACAAAAAGUCACCUUGCUCGAAGACUCAAGUAAAGUUAAUUGGAAUAUGUGCUGAUGCACCUGCUCGGAGCAUGAUUAAAGAGACAGUAUCAUCUAAUGCCACGGAGGGAUGUGAACGCUGCUGUUCUAAGUCUCGGUGCUGCAAUCAUCGCAUGUGUUACGUACCAGAUCUUGCCUCCGACAAGAUGCGAACUGACCAAGCGUUCCGCAAACUUCAGUACUCAGACCAUCACAAAUUAAAAGAAAAAGACCCACCUCCUAUUUUUAAACUACCACAAUUUGAUCUCGUUAACUCUUUUUUUUUGGAUGUCAUGCACCUGGCUGACGAGGGCGUAGCAAAAAGGUUGCUCUCAAACUACUUUUGUGGCCCUAAAAAAUUAAAAAUCAGGACGAAUGACUUGAAACAAAUUGACCUAGAUAUGGAAAGUUGGAGAAGAGAACUCAAGAGUGACGACUUCCAGAGGCCUUUGACUAACAUUGAAUUUUUUACUGAAUGGAAAGCAAGCAGUUUUCGUGAUUUCUCUCUUUACUUCGGAAUUGUUUUCCUCAAACCGUACCUGAACCCCAGUCAGUAUCUCCAUUUUUUAAAAUUCUCCUGCGCAAUGAGAACAUUAAGGAACAAGAAACAAUGCCUGGUGGAAAAAUGUGUCAGUGAUGCGGACAACAUGCUGCGCGAGUUUGUGUCGGACUGGGACAAGAUCAUUGGACAUCCAGACACAGUAUUUUGUGUGCACAAUUUAAUUCACAUUUCAAACGAUGUCCGCCGUACAAAUCUGCCUCUAGAUGAACUCUCUGCCUACGCCUUCGAAAAUGAGUACGGAAAAUUAAAAAGUCUUGUUAAAUCUUCCAACCAGCCUGCUGCUCAGCUUCAGAAGCGCCUGUACGAAAAAGAGCAAGUGUACCAGAUUUACAAGAUUUUUGAGCAGACUCCUGUUUUGAGUUCUGGGAAAGGAGGAGUGCUAAAGUCAUUACGUUACAAAGGUUAUGAAAUAUUUCCCGCAAGCAAAGGAGAUUCAUUCGUCAUGCUCAGGUCUUCCCAUAAAGUAUAUAAAGUGUUAAAAAUUGUUAACAAUGGAGAGAUUUUGCUUGAGUCUGUUGAGUACCCUCGAGUCGGCGAAUUUUUUUUACAGCCAAUGAACUCGGCUAAACUGGGAAUUUUCAAACUUGUGGAACCAGACAAAUUGAGGCCACAAAAGCCAAAGAAUUUGAAAUUGCAAGAAAUUUCUUGCAAAAUUUAUUUGGUGCGCUACAAAAAGUAUUAUAUUUCAUUUCCAGCUCUGCACUCCCUGUGAUGUGUGUGUGUAAUUCUGGUCGUAAUUAUUUUAUAUGUUAUUCCAUCAACAUUAUUUUUUUGUGUGCUUAUCAAACAAUAUAAUUGGCUUUUAUUAUUCUACAAAGAAAUAAAAAAUUGUUGCACGC